AAUCAGAGUGACUCUUGCGCGUAGCGUCGCUGGUCUCCAAGCUAGCUCGCUAGCUCGUUAGCAGCGGCAGCAGCAGCUUCAUCUUCAUCCAUCGUCGCCACCAACGAACGAACAAAAAAAAAAAUCAACCAAAGUCGCCGUUAGCUGCCGCUCCCUCGAUAAAAGCCUUCUGGUGAAUUGACGACGCAAUGGCUCCGAAGAAAAGUCCUAAAACGCAUUCCCCGAAAGAGGCAAAGCCGCCGUCGUCGGGAAGCAAGAAGGCGGCGGGAGGCGACGCUGGCGCGGGCACGGGCGCCAAGUAUUCUGCGUUCACCUGGUUGGCCGUGCUGGCGCUGUUGGGCGUCUGGAGCUCGGUGGCCGUCGUCUACUUCGACAUCGUCGACUACGACAGCGUCAUCGCCAGAGCUCAGGAGUUUCGUAGCAACUUUUCCCAAGUUUUACAAGGGAAGCUGAGGGCCUACGACGCAGACGGCGACGGCGACUUUGACGCGGAGGAUGCCAAAGUCCUGCUCGGCCUGAAAGAAAAGACGAGCCGGGGGCGGGGGCGGGGCCAGCCGCCUGAAGACGGACCAGCUGAGUUGGCGCGCGCCCAAGAACCCGCCGAAGAGCGGUCGGCCUACCGACGAGCUGCACGGCCGCCGGGGGAGGAGUCGGCGGAGGAGCGUCCAGUUGCGAGCACGGCGGAGAACUCGCCAGCAAUGUCCGAAGCCGAGGAUGCGGACUCUGAAAUCCAAGCUGCCGUUCCGCUGCCUGCGUUCGUAGAAGACGACUUUGUAGCAGAUGAUCCUCGCGGCGACACGGAGCAUCUCGGCGGGGAGGACGCGGACGCCGUCGACACGAGCGGAGUCUUGGUGGAGGAGGCUUCGUCUCAGGAGACCGUCGUGGAAUCUGCAAAAGACUUGACGAGCUCCAAGUGGACACGAGAAGAUGGGCCGUCGGCGGAGGCGGAGGCGGAGCCGCGGUCCGAGCCAGUCGAAGCGCAGAGCGAGACCGCCGGAGAAAGCGGCGGCCCCCCCGCGGUGGACUCUGCGAAAGAUGAUGUGACAAACUCCAAGUCGACACAAGACGAAGAAGCGGCGAAGCGCACGGCCGCGGACGAGACCAAAGGCAAAGCCAAGAAGAAGAAAGCCAAACUGCUCAACGCGUCGGACAAAAGCAUCAAAGCGGAACUGGACGCUGCCGAGAAGCUGCGCAAGAAAGGGAAAGUGGAGGCGGCGCUGCGAGCCUUCGAGACCUUGGUCCAGCGGCACCCGGAGAGCCCCCGCGCUCACUACGGGAAGGCGCAGGCAGAGGACGACCUGGCCGAGAAGCAGCGCAGCAACGACAUGCUGCAGAAGGCCAUCGGCAGCUACGGAGACGCGGCGGAGCUUCCGGACGCCACGCCCGACCUGGUGAGGGCGGCCCUCAAGAGACGAGCCGAGCGCCAGCAGUUCCUGGGCCGCAUGCGGGGCGCCGUGGCCACGCUGGAGAGGCUGGUGCAGGUCUUUCCCGAAGACGUCGGUCUGAAGAACGACCUGGGCGUGGCCUACCUGUUGCUGGGCGACAACAAAGGUGCCAAGAAGGUCUACGAGGAGGUUCUGGCGGUCGCCCCCGGCGACGGCUUUGCCAAAGUUCACUACGGCUUCAUCUUGAAGUCGGAGAACAAGAUCGCAGAGAGCAUUCCGUUCCUGAAGGAGGGCCUGGAGUCCGGAGAGCCCGGCACCGAUGACGGACGUUUCUACUUCCACCUGGGCGACGCGCUGCAGAGAGUCGGCGACCAGAGCGCGUACCGCUGGUACCAGCUGGGCCACGAGCGAGGGCACUUUGCGUCCGUGUGGCAGAGGUCGCUCUACAACGUGGACGGGCUCAAGGCGCAGCCCUGGUGGACUCCGAACGAGACCGGAUACACCGAACUGGUCAAGGCGCUGGAGAAGAACUGGAAGACGAUCCGGGACGAGGCCCUGGCCGUGAUGGACCGAAACACGGGCCAGUUCGUACCCGAGGAGGAGAACCUGAGGGAGAAAGGAGAGUGGGGCCAGUACACGCUCUGGCAGCAAGGGAAGAAAUCCGCCACUUCCUGUCAGGCUGCCCCGAAGACCUGCUCGCUGCUGGAGAGAUUUCCUGAAGCCACCGGCUGCAAGCGAGGACAGAUUAAGUUGUCGGCGAUGCGGCCGGGCACGCACGUGUGGCCGCACACGGGCCCCACCAACUGCCGACUGAGGAUGCACCUCGGCCUCGUCGUUCCCAAACGCGGAUGCCGCAUCAGGUGCACGGACCAGACCAGGGAGUGGGAGGAGGGCAAAGUGUUGAUCUUCGACGACUCUUUCGAGCACGAAGUUUGGCAGGACGCCGACACGUUGCGCCUCAUCUUCAUCGUGGACGUGUGGCACCCGCAGCUGACGGCGUACCAGAGGCAGACGCUCAGCGCCAUCUAGAGCGCGACCUCCCGACCUGCUGCUGACUUCUACUACUGACUCGACCGCGCGCACGUCGGACCGACUGUGGUAUUCAAUGUUUGUCGAGUUUAUUUGAGCAAAACCUCAACUUGGACGUGACUUUUUCAUCCGGUGUUUUCCCACUAGCUCACUUUUUCCCUUCUCUUUUGUACAAUUACUGCAAACGUCAGAUGUUGUAAGAGACUCUAUUUUUAUUAAAAAUAACCCCAGAAAA